GUUUGCCCUACCUUUGCUCCUGUUUAUCGAAGACCUGUGAUCGAUCAGUGGAGAACGAUUUACUUCAUUCUGUUGGGUGGUUGGAAACACCCAGGAUUCCAAAAGGUGUCGGAAAGGCGUGCUCUUGUGGCUUGGAUUUGGUUGUGCUUUUUGGUAAAUCGUAGUUUCCCUGAUCGGACCCAAAAAUUUCCUUCGAUUUGGAUAAGGCCAAACUGCUUGAACGUUUUCAGAGGAAAAUCCUUUUUAGCAAAAAGUUUCAUAAAACCCCUAUUGCGAUUGCGCCGAAAAAGUAAAAGUGUCUAGUGUGAGAGAAGUCAAAAGUUGAGAGCAUAGAAAGCAGCUACAUAUAAAUAGGCUGGAGGAAUCGGAUAUUCGAAACGGAUUUAAUCGAAUCGUCUUUGGGAGAGAAAGAAAAGGAUGGCAAAUACGUUAGAUGAAGUGUGAUACGUAGGAGUUCGUGAAGAAAAGAAAAAAAGGCCAUCCUGACUAAUCGACGACAUGGAGGGUGUUUUCGAUGCUUCAAAGUUGUGAUUAGCGACUGAACAGAGCGAAUAGCAAAUGCAUCAAUAACAGCCAGAAAAUCAACUGUGCCUAGGUGUGAUGGUGCGAUAAAUGUCGUAUUUACUGAACUUUAUUAAUGCAGCAAGGGGGCUCAGGCAAAUGCCCCCGAUAUUGUUCAUUUGAGGCAUGUCGUAAUGGCAAGAGAGGAGUCUCGUGGCAAGAGGCCUUUAAAAAUCUGGGACAGUUGGCGCAAUGUCCGUAAAGGUCUCGUCGUAGGUAGUUUUGAGGAACUAAUUGUUAGAGGGAAAGACAAACUAGGAGUACCAGCAUCAGAGCCAGUUCGGCUAGUUUUAGAAUGCGAUGGCACUCAAGUAGAGGAUGGAGAAUAUUUCCGGACACUAGCCAACAACACUGUGCUGUUAUUGUUGCGACAGGGUGAACGGUGGUACCCAACAGGUGUCGAUGUGAUAAAAGCUGCGAUAUCUGCCAUACCAAAAAUCGUUUGUGAAACUAUACAUGCCUUGGAGUUGCAGGAUGAAACACCCUCUUGGAAGAUUAUGGAUAACAAGGGACGUGUUACCGUUGUAUUACACUGGGAUCAACGUCAGGGUGGACAAGGAGGAGGACAAGGAAGUAGUGGUAGUGGUAUUGGAGGUGGGAGUGGAGUGUUGAGUAAUGGCCCUAGCUCAGAAAAAUUUUCGCCAUCGAAGAAAAGCUUAUCCACUCAAAAUUCGCUAGAUAAAAGUUCAAUCGCAAGCCAGCAGCGUUAUCCGAGUCCCCAAAUCACGGUAAUCAAUCACGAUGAUCCUCAGUCGGCGGUAUACCACUCAGCUAGACGAUUAUCGAAGCAAGGUGGUUCCUUUGAUAGCGCUGUGGGAGCCGUGCAUAUUCAUACUCCUGAAUGUGCACAUCAUGCUCACACACCAACUCGGGCUGGUAGUCCCGGAGCAACCGAAUGUGAUUUCCACUGCUGUGCUCUUCAUGAGGAGGGUCGAAAAAUUGCAGUACACAAAAACGUGGCCACGUCUCCAAUUCAGGAUGGUUCUACCAGUCCACAACCACCGCCCAGCAGUUUAUCGGAUAGCAGACGAACGUCCAACACCAAAGGACACGUGCGCUUUCUCGACAUUGGGCCAGAGCGGGACAGUUCCGAAAGUGAAACAGAAAACACAGUUAUGGAGGAUGAAACUAUCACGUCGGAAAAGUUUUUGCUUCUGAUAGAUCAGCUUUCGGUAGAUCAGAAGCGGCAUCUUAGCAUAAAGGACAUCGGUAUUAUCCUCGAGCGACUUAGUUCCAAAAUUUUAGAUGUAGAACGACUGGAUCGCGAAAGUGAGUCCGACGAUUGCUACAACUGGACGAUCAAAGCAACGAUACGCGGAGAUGCAUUACGUGAGUUAGGUGUUAUAUACAACGGUAAUUACUAUGCAAUAUCGGAGCAUCCUGGCUACAAAGAGGAAAAUGAGGAAAAUGGCGAGGAUGUGGAAGAAGAAGAUGAAGAUCGAUUAUAAAAGAGCUACCCAAUCUUCUAGCAACGUUCUUGCGUUAAUUAUAAGAAGUGAAAAGCAAACUGAAAUACAAUAAAAAAAAUAUUUGACGAGCAAAUGAUUAAGAUGAAGUAAACAUUAAACCAGAUUGCUGACGAAGUCUCGUGUGCAUAAGGCGGGUGUGAAUCCGGAGAAUUACUAGGGCGUGUGUUGCCAAAAUCAGUGCCAUUUCGAGCUGUGCAUACAUGAAAUGGACCGGAGAAUCGAAAAACACAAAUGCUGCCAUUAAAAACACAAACAAAAUAUGAAAAUGACUUACUUAAUUCGUGAACGUUAUCACUAAUGAAUAACAAAAUAUCUAAAACUCGAAAAAAAUGGAAACGCACAUCAUUGUAACCGUUACAUUAAAAAGCAUAAAGCAAUUAAAAAAAUCAUUCUAAUGAAGCAUACGAAGAAACACGCGCGUUCCGAACGAGUUUGCAACAGAACAGAAAUGGAGACAGUCGACAGCAUUACAAAAACAAACCGAAGACAUCAAUCGUGUCUAAUUUCAUGAUAGAGUUAGUAGGUAAAACAAAAUAUGGAGAUACGAUUGUCACACAUCUCAAUAAUGGAGAAAAUCUUGUAAUCAAUAAUAAUAAUAAUAAUUAUAAUAAUGAUAACGUAGUAAUACUGUAAUUACUGAAAUAAUAUAAACAGCAAACAGCAGAAGAAAUAAGCAUGCAAACCGGAUAAACACGUGAACCACAGUCGUAUCGCCAAUCUAGGAUUUAAAUCAAAACCAAAUAAUAAUAUAUAUUAUAUUAUUAAUAAAUUAUGUAUUUAAAUACAUCAUUUCUGUAGAAAUGAUAAACUUUUUACUACAAGAAAAACAAGAAACUGAAAUUCAAAUGAGAUAACAUAGUUAUGUAUCAAAUGAUAACCCGACAAGUAAAUGUAUUUGUACACUUGCACAUAUAGCUGUGUAUCCGUAUGGACCCUUGCAUGAAUGUGUGUAUAUUUGUAUGUGUAGGUGUGUACGUGUGUGGAUGUGGCAUACGUUGUGUUUUAACCAAAGAGCAAAUUCAAAAGUAUAAAGAAUAUUUGGAUUGCUCCUUAGUUCAUUUUUCAAUUCAAAUUAACACCUUCACUCAAUAACGAAAAAUGAUUCUAACUCGCACAGCAUAAAAAUUUAAAAAUUGGAUAAAAUGGCAAAAGUAACAAUACAAGAAUGAACAAAAUUCUACUCGGUACGUCUGUCAACGCUAGCAAAAGCAUCCAAAUGAAUUUGUACACACAAAUACUAAUAUAGUCCACUCAGCCAGAAAACAAAGAUCACACCAAAAAGAUCAACACAAAUCGGGAUGGGUCAUAACUAUUAACGACUAUAUAGAAAUCGGCCUCUUAGCGUGUAUUUUAGCACAACAUUAAACACAGAACAUGCACGCAUGCCUACACAUGCAGUUACUACGGCAGAGUUUCCACGUUCCCAUGUUUAUGUCACAUACACACAAACACGCACACGCGCGUUCGCAGCCUAUACGUAUGAAGUAGAUACAUGUGCAGUACCUAACACGAAAUCGAAAAACCUAGAAUUUCAUACAGUUUUGCGUAAAAAAAGGAACGGCAAAGCUACGAUAUACCAAAUACAGCUAAGUGGAUUCAUCAUUUAGGUUCUUAACUAUGGACGUUUCCCAAUCCUACGUAUUUAGGAUGCAUGUUGACCCAAGGUUUACAAGUUACCUCCAUCUGAACCAAUCGAUGAUAAUCGUAAACCUAUCUUUUCUAAAGUGUACUAACAAGUUUUGAAUUGCGACGCAGAAAACCCGAUCGGGUAGAUAUAGAUCCUGAAUUAAAAGAGUCUGUGUUCAUUCGAUUCAUUCAGAAUAUGAAUAAUAUAUAAAAUGCCAAAAGUUGGGAAUGAGUUCUUAAUCAUACCUAAUGCAUGCCGGGAACAUGUGCCAAAUAAGAACGAUAGCCAAACGUCUUUGUGUACUUCCACUAUACUAGUAAGACAACAAGUCAACUUGAUUACAUUGGAUAGCUGAAACAGCAGAUUCAAGCACAGUGGCUGUUCAGUGUUCAGGGAGACCAAUAUCCACAAUGGUUAUCCAAUCCAAUACCGUAGUCCUAUAGAGCAGUUUGCAGCACAAAUCAGUAUAGAAACAAAGAACUGACGAUUUUGCGUCACGUAAACUCGUAACCGAUCAUACUCAUUUCAUCUAAUACAUGUUUAAGUCAACGUUUGUUUCACUACGGUUGUUACAAAUUAAGUUGAGCAAACUUGUCAGGCCAAUUAUGCUCCAUUUCGAUUUAAAAUCGUUGUUUCAGUUUCAUUUCGUGAAUUUUUCAGAGCAAAUAAUUACCAGAUGGAUGCACUAUAGUGGAACUGUUGAAUUAGACAUGCGCCAGCAAUGUAUUUUUAGGAAAAUAAACGAAAAAGAGCAAAAUACUCGACAUGCGAGAAGUAGGUAAACUCGAACAGAAUAUUAUAAUCAAAAAAUAUUAUAAAAACCAUGAAUGGAUGCGUUACUUUGUUAAUCCACGUACAUAAGACAAGGCAAUGAAAGUUUUAAAAAUCAAUAAACGAAAGAUAGAAGAUCUUGUACUAAACCAGUAAGAGAAUUGAAUUAUUUUAUACUGUGAAAACUCUAACUAAAUAGCACAAACAGGAAAACUUUUCCUUUGUAAUAACUCAUGAGUGAAGCUGUGCACCGAUUUGUUGUCCGAUGUAAUGUUGUAAAAUUGACUGUGGAAUUUUGAUUGAUAUAGUUUGCCCGUCCUACAACUUAUACAGAAUUAAUUGUAUUAUUUUCUCUGAAUACCGAAAUAUCAAGCAAGAUAGCUGUUAAAAAUAUAUUCAAAAAACAAAAUAUUUUGUAAACACAUUUCUAUGAACAUAUUAGUUAAUUAUUUGUAUGUAAUGUUACUACUUCAUCUAUUUUUUAUUAUUUUUGAAGAAUAGUAACGCAGACUAAAGCUAAUUAUAAGCAUCAUUGAAACACGCUAGUUUUAACUGUUUCUCAGAGGUAAACAAAGCUUAGAAAACCACACAUACCAA